GGGACUCUGACAUUCUUUAAUUAUUCAUUUUUUUCUUUUCUGUCCUUCUUGCGCUUUUUCUUUGGAGAAGCAAGGACACAAAGUUCCCCCCCUCCCCUUUUUUUUUGGAAAGUUGGACUUAUAUGGAGUCUUUUCAUGGUGUUUUAUUGAGUGGCUCCUUCAUUGAUUUCUGGGCAUCCUUUAUCUGAGCGGAAACCGAGCUCUCUGGAGAAGGAACCGGAUUUCACACUGUAGAAGAAAAUCAAACACUUUUCUCAUCUGUAGCUUAUUUUCAGUCAAGUUUGUGGAUGUAACUUUUGCUUCCUUACAGUUGAUUCUCUGAGGUCCUGGGUUUUGGUUCUCCUUCCUGAUGGUCCCAUUUAACUCUGCUCCUUGACUGUCCGAUCUGUUUUUGAGCUGAAUACUGAACUAGUUUGGACUUAACCGGCUCGCACCCAGAGGCACUGUGAGGAUGUCCGGCUGUGCCAGACGCUGCAAACACGGGUUAGUGAAGUUUGCUCUGUCUGUGAGCAAACUGGUGACGGGAACACUUAUUAAAGAUAAGGUGGAUGAUGAUCUGGAGCUGUCUAUGGUGUGUCACCGUCCCGAGGGUUUAGAGCAGCUGGAGUCACAGACAAACUUCAGCAAAAAAGAGCUGCAAGUGCUCUAUAGAGGCUUUAAAAACGAGUGUCCCAGUGGUGUGGUCAACGAGGAUACGUUCAAACAGAUCUACUCGCAGUUCUUUCCUCACGGCGAUGCUAGCACAUACGCACAUUACCUGUUCAACGCCUUUGACUCUUCCCACAAUGGAUCCAUCAAAUUUGAGGACUUUGUAACAGCUCUGUCCAUCUUGUUGAGAGGAACAACAACAGAGAAGUUACAGUGGACCUUCAACCUGUACGACAUUAACAGAGACGGUUAUAUUAAUAAAGAGGAGAUGACUGAUAUAGUGAAAGCCAUAUAUGACAUGAUGGGCCGCUUCACGUAUCCCGCUCUAAAGACAGACACUCCCAAACAGCAUGUAGAUGCUUUCUUUCAGAAAAUGGACAAGAACAGAGAUGGAGUUGUCACUCUUGAUGAGUUUAUUCUCUCCUGUCAAGAGGAUGAAAACAUCAUGCGGUCACUGCAGCUCUUUGAGAAUGUCAUAUAGAGCCACAAGAAGAAAGAAACCAAUGAACUGUUGAACCCCAUCAAAAAAAAAAGGAGGAACAACUUUUACCCCAAUCACCAUGGUUGCAGUUUGACAUCACCUUGUUACCAUGGCAACAUGCCGACUGUUUGAUUUACGUGCCGGGAACCCGACGUGUCCUUUAAACCCUGGUGUUUGACCUCGUUCUGUUGCAAAUGUGAGAUUCAUAUGUCUAUAACCAAAAAAGAUACUAGUUAAAAAAGCAUGUCAGUAAUUGUGUUAAAGACCCAGUGGUUUUCCAAGAGGUCCUGUAGAAGCCAGCUGAACUCUUCCCAUGGGACUGAAUCUACUGUGAGGGAUUUGAAAAUACAUUACCGAUACCUGAUGCAUUUUAACCUGUUCAUGGUGGAUUUUAGGUACAUUUUUUGCUGAACAACAUCCGAUACACUCAACCUGUGACUAGUUCUUAUCGUAAGACCAUUUUAUGUGUCCGUCAUUUAGGUAUAAAUGCUAAUCCAGUAGUAUAACCAGUGGUUUUUUCAUGAACCGACCAAUCAGCAGUCAUUAAACCGGCUUGUCUGUGUUACACUGUGUUUGUUUUGGACAGUAUUUGUCUUGUGCUCGUGCAUCUCGUCAUCCUGUCCAUCACUGCUUGCUGUUCGUGUCCAUUAUUAGUGAUAUAGUCAGUAUUCGUCACUUGUCCCCUGUUGGCUUGUGAUUGCUCUUAACCCCCGCCUACUCAGAUAUCUGCUUUCUGAUUGGUCUGUUUGUCUGUCAGUCAGUGUCAUCGGGAGAAGAUCUGACGUCCAGGUCACAUUUCAUCCCAGUAUCCUCAAUAUGUGGUUCUUAUUAAUGAAUUACAGUGAUUUUAUGCAAAUACGCAUACAUAUAAAGGCAGCAAAUUCUUAUUUCUUAUGAUUGUAGGGUGAAAUGUGACUUUGAUUGACAGGUGCCGUAGCAAACUUUAGCAGCCACUAUAUUUUUGUUUGUGUUAAACUAAUAUAAAAUCAUUUUGUUUUAUUUUUUAUUGCGUGAAAGCUGUGAAUUGCCAAAACGUAGUACUGUUUUAUGCAGCCAUAAUGCCACCUUACUGUGACAUAAUUUAAGAGAGCAAAAAAAUGAAUGAAAUUAAUUAAAAGACAGCAAAUAAAAGAUUUAUAUAACUGUUUGCUUUGUCUCAACAAAUGCAACUCAACAUAAAUGACAUACACAAUUCAACUGCUCCGUAAUCAAAUGUAUUUCUGAGUGAAAUGGGAUAUUAGUUGUGGCCUAAUGGUUAGAGAGUUGGAUUUGUAACCCAAAGGUCACAGAUUCAAUUCCCAUGAGAGUUGAAAAAUAGUGGAAAUAUUUUUAAUUUAGUAAAAUAUAUAUAUAUUUAUAUAUAUAUAUAUAUAUAUAUAUAUAUAUAUAUAUAAAAGGUUACCGGUUCAAUUUUCAGCAUUGGAUGACAGUAUGUAUAUAUAUAUAUAUAUAUAUAUAUAUAUAUAUAUAUAUAUCAUUUUUUAAUUGUCAUCCAAUGUUGAGAAUUAGGAAAUUAAAUUAGGAAUUAUAUAAUUAUAUAUAAAUUAAGGAGAUAUUUUUUAAAUAUAUUUAAAUAUAUUUCAAAAAUUAAAAUAUAUAUAAAUAUUAAUAAUUAUAUAUCAUUUUAUUAUUUUUUAAAAUAUAUAAAAUAUCAUAAUAACAUGAACUAAUACUUCUGUGCCAGGAAGCAUAAGCCAUCAUGUUAAAAAGUGUGUUGAAACCUGUGUUUCUCACAAUCACAAUCACAAACAGUCCUGGCAGACCCAAUUAUGCUCUGAAAACCAUAGUACUGCUGUUUUUAUUCAUUUUCGGCUCAUUUUUGAUCAUGUUAUGAUGUGUUUUUGAACAAUCACUGUGCCGGUACAGCAUUAUGAGUUUAAAAUAAAUGAUAUUUGAUUUAUUACACACAUUGUAUAUUUAAUACUCUGCAAAGUGGGCCUGAAUGAUCAAAUUUGGAGCGGCAGUGUCUCAGAGAGUUAUAUAAAAACUGUGUAUUGUAUAAAGUACAGGGACGAUUAUUUUUCGAGGACGGAGAGACAGACGGUCAAUCAGACAAGACAGAUUGAGAAGACGUGAAGCUUAAAUAUCCUCUUGUUGAAAUGUUGUAUAAACUAUUUAACAAUAAAAUUUUCAAUGCAUAAU